GCCGCCGCCGCCUCCGUCUCCCUCCAUCAAUAUCCUGAUCACCGACCUCCGGCUAGAUUAUGAAAUCUGAGAUUAUGAAGGUCGGAGACAUGAAUGGGCGAGAUGACAUGCAAAUCGAUGAACCGAAGGGGCUGGACCUCAAUCAUUUGAGACUUUACUAUGGAAAACUCUUUCCAUAUGCUGAUAUGUUCAGAUGGCUAUCUUAUGGAAAUGAUGGGAAGCAUCCAGCAUGUGACAAUUCUUAUAUUAACCGCAGAGAAUUCUCUUUCACCCUGGAGAACGACAUAUAUAUUCGAUAUCAGAGUUUUAAUAAUGCAACUGAAAUGGAGAACUCCAUAAAGGAGAAGUGCCCAGUUAAAAUAGAUAUUGGACCUGUAUAUAAUGUCGAUCUUGCAAAAAGGACUGCAUAUUCAAAAACAGGCCCCGUAGAAAGGGAGCUCAUUUUUGAUAUUGAUAUAUCAGACUAUGAUGAUGUUCGAUACUGCUGUGCUGGUGGCGAUGUCUGUUUAAAUUGCUGGCCUUUAAUGACAGCUGCUAUUAAAGUCAUAGAUGUUGCUCUUAGAGAUGAUUUUGGCUUUAAUCACAUUUUAUGGGUGUAUAGUGGCCGUCGUGGUGUCCACUGUUGGGUAUGCGAUAGCAAAGCAAGAAGGCUAGGAAAUGCGCAGAGAGCAUCUAUUGUCGACUAUUUCCGUGUAUACAAGGGAGGUGAAAAUAGUUUGAGGAAAGUAUCUUUAACAGGACCUGUUCUUCAUCCUUUUCUUGUUAGAUCAUAUACAGAAGUUUUGAAGGUCAUUUUUGAAGAGAAAUUACUUCUUAACCAGAAGUUGCUUUCGUCUGAUGAGAGAUGUCAGAGGAUACUUGAGGUUAUUCCGGAUGACUCUGUUGCUGGAGAGCUUCGUGAUAAAUGGCAGAGAAAUCAAAGGUCUAAGUCUAAACAAGAUAUUGACAUUGUUCGAUGGGAUCAGUUAAAACAAAUGUUGCAAUCAGGAAAACAAAAGGUUCAGGCACUCCGCAGAUGUGUAGAGGAGAUUGUCUUCUCUUAUACCUAUCCAAGACUUGAUGUGGAGGUUUCAAAGCAUAUGAAUCAUCUACUGAAGGCACCAUUCUGCAUACACCCUAAAACAGGUCGCAUCUGUGUUCCUAUUGAUCCUAAUAAUUGUGAUGAUUUUGACCCUAGAACUGUACCCACAAUUUCACAGCUUAUAGACGAGCUGAACGUGGGUGGUAUGAGAGCAGGUUCUGAGAACGACUGGGAAAGAACUUCACUCGGAGAAUCCAUUAAGUUUUUCAGGUCAUCCUUCUUGGAGCCACUACUGAAAUCUUGCAAGGAUGAGUUGGAAAGCUCUUACAGUGCUAAGCUACAGCAGUCAAAGAAUUCACUUAGCUGGUAGCAUUCUCGAUGAUUAUAUAUAGCGGAUAAGAUAUGCAGUUAACGAUCAAUAGACUUUGAUUCUGUAUAAAUUAUAGUUCAGAAAUAUAAUGUUAUUUACGGCUUGGCUGCUGUGAUGCAAGCCAACUUGCUCCGAACUCUUACUCACCUUUUGCUUCUAUUUUCCCCUUUUGCCUUGUUAUUAGGUUUCAUGACUUUUUCCUCUCCUUUCAAUGGAUAGUUUCUCUAUUAAGAUGAUAAAGUAGUACUGGCUGCUUUCUC